AUGGAGCACAACGCGGACCGCGAUGAGAUUGUCUCUCAAUUCUGCGCCAUGACUAGGACGGAUCCUCACGAGGCGCAAGGCUAUCUGGCAGCCAACGAGUGGGAUCUCGAAGCCGCAGUCACCGAAUUCUUCGCCGAACAAGAUGAAGCCUCACAGGAUACUGGCGCAGCUGGUGGUGGUCGCCGACUCGGCGCUGAAUCGGAACCCUCUGCCGGCCGUUCGCUUGGUGGCAGCUCCUCUCAGUCCCCCUCCACUACCCCGCAGCCCUCGUCCCGCAGGUCGGCCCCGAAAAAGAAGUUUGCGACCCUGAACGAUUUUGCGUCGGGUGGAGGGGAAUCCUCCGAGGAAGACGAUGCAGUGAACCAAGACUUCUUUGCUGGCGGUGAAAAGUCGGGCUUGGCUGUGCAGAACCCUGAUGAUAUUAAGAAGAAGAUCAUUGAAAAGGCCAAAAGGGCUCAGCCUCCGCCAUCGGAUGAACCCACCAGAAGGUCUUUCUUCACCGGCACCGCACGUACCCUUGGUGGUGAUGAGGCUCCCAGCAGAGUGAUCGAAUCCCCCAGUGCACCUGUCUCGCAGACACCGCAGCGCGUACAUAGAACCCUACACUUCUGGUCUGAUGGCUUCUCGGUUGAUGAUGGAGAGCUGUUCAACUCCGACGACCCCGCCAACCGCGAAAUCCUCGAGGGUAUCCGCCAGGGCCGUGCCCCGCUCUCUAUCAUGAAUGUGCAGGCUGGUCAGGAGGUGGACGUGGAAAUUAAACAGCAUGACGAGAAAUACGUGAAGCCCAAGCCUAAGUACAAGCCCUUCUCUGGGGCUGGACAGCGCCUCGGCAGCCCCACACCUGGUGUGAGAGCACCUGCGCCAGCAGCUGCCCCUACUCCCAGUCAGUCCACCGAGCCAGCCAAGCCGGACAUAGAUGAGUCGCAGCCGACGGUGACUCUUCAGAUCCGCCUUGGAGACGGCUCACGGCUCACUUCCCGGUUCAACACCAGCCAUACCAUUGGUGACGUGUACCAGUUUGUAACCGCUGCCAGCCCUAGCAGUCAGUCGCGUCCCUGGGUAUUGAUGACUACGUUCCCCAGCAAGGAUCUCUCCGACAAGAGUGUUGUGCUGGGUGAAAUGGCGGAGUUUAAGCGGGGCGGCGUGGUGGUACAGAAGUGGCAAUAA